UCCUGCCUCGCGCACCGCCCAGUCUCAGACCAGUGCGCCCGGGGCGCGGGAGGUGACAGACAGGUCUCCCGGAGGUGCGCUCGGCUGCGCGUCGCCCCGGGGCUGGGCCCUGAGCCCUGAGCGGUCCGCCAGCCGAGGAGGCGAGGAGGGGGCUUCCGUCCGCUCCGCUCGGGGCUCUCCUCGCGAGCCCGAGGGUCCGGCGCGGCCCUCCUGCCCCUCGGCAGCCCUCGGCCGCCGGGACCUCGCGGGGCGCGGCAGGCUGGGCGACACCCCGGCGGGGGGACCGUGUCCCGCAGCCCCAAUGCCUCCGCGAGCAGAGUGCAGCGGCUGCCGCUGGCUGGAGCCGUGCGGGUGUCCCCCGGCGGCGAGUGCGCCCCGGACCCCGGUCUCUGCUAAGUUUUGUGCGCGCGCGUAGCAGGGACCGCGUGUGAGUCUGGUUAAAGUUGGCCUCCUGAGCUUCUGCCUUAGCAAGAAAGAAGUGGGAAAUACUCCUGAAAACUAAAACAUUAAGAAACCACAACUUAUUUUUACAUGAUUUUCAGCUCACUUACCAAUAUGGACAGUUUUCCUAACAUUUUUCCACCUGGUGGAGAUGGUGGUCUAAAUUCUGAAUCUGAGUUCCAAAAAAUGUUAAUUGAUGAACGGUUAAGAUGUGAACAUCAUAAAACCAAUUAUCAGACUCUAAAAACUGACCACACAAGAUUGCAGGAUGAGUACAUAAAGUCACAGAAUGAACUGAAACGCCUGUUAAGUGAAAAACAAACUAACCAGGAAAAGUUCCAGUUGCUGCUUGAGGAGCUAAGAGGAGAAUUAGUAGCGAAAACUAAAGACUUAGAAGAAAUGAAACGGCAGGUAUUAACUCCGCAGAAAUUGGAAUUGUUAAAAGCCCAGAUACAACAAGAGUUAGAAACUCCGAUGCGAGAGCGUUUUCGGAAUCUGGAUGAAGAAGUGGAAAAGUAUAGAUCUGAAUAUAAUAAGCUUCGCUAUGAACAUACAUUUCUUAAGUCAGAAUUUGAACACCAGAAAGAAGAAUUUACACGUAUUUUAGAAGAAGAAAAAAUGAAGUAUGAAUCUGAGGUUGCGAGACUGGAGAAAGAUAAGGAAGAACUACAUAACCAGCUGCUUAGUGUUGAUCCCACAAGAGAGAGCAAACGAGUGGAGCAACUUCUCCGAGAAAAAGCCCAUUUGAGUCAGAAAUUAAAAGGCUUAGAGACUGAAGUAGCAGAAUUAAGGGCUGAAAAAGAGAAUUCUGGUACUCAGGUAGAAAAUGUCCAAAGAAUACAGGUGCGGCAGUUGGCUGAGAUGCAGGCUACAGUCAGAUCCCUGGAGGCUGAAAAACAGUCAGUCAAGUUGCAGGCUGAACGCUUGGAAAAAGAGCUACAGUCAAGCAAUGAACAAAAUACUUCUUUAAUCAGUAAACUGCAUAAAGCUGACCGAGAAAUAAAUACAUUGACCAGUAAAGUAAAAGAGCUUAAACACUCAAACAAGCUAGAAAUAACGGAUGUCAAACUGGAGGCAGCAAGAGCUAAGAGUGAGCUAGAAAGAGAAAGAAAUAAAAUUCAAAGUGAAUUGGAUGGGCUACAGUCAGACCAUGAAAUUCUCAAAUCGGCUAUUGAACACCAGAAAAUGCUCUUAGCAGAAAAAGAUCGUGAGUUAAUUCGUAAAGUACAAGCUGCCAAGGACGAAGGCUAUCAAAAGCUUGCGGUAUUACAAGAUGAAAAGCUGGAGCUGGAGAACAGAUUAGUAGAUCUAGAGAAAAUGAAAGUGGAGCAUGAUGUUUGGAGGCAGUCUGAAAAGGAUCAGCAUGAGGAGAAACUGCGGGCGUCGCAGAUGGCGGAGGAGUCAGCCAGACGGGAACUUCAGAGCAUUAGGCUAAAACUUCAACAACAGAUUGUGAAUACUGAAAAUGCAGAGAAAGAAAGAAAUGAAAAUUCUGAUCUGAAACAGCAAAUCAGUAGUUUGCAGAUCCAAGUGACCUCACUGACCCGAUCUGAGAAUGAACUGCUGAAUUCAAACCAAAUGCUGAAAGAAAUGGUGGAGAGGUUAAAGCAAGAAUGCCGUAAUUUAAGAAGCCAAGCUGAAAAAGUACAACUAGAAGUUGAAAAGACAUUGGAAGAAAAACAGAUACAGUGGUUGGAAGAAAAGCAUAAGCUCCAUGAACGUAUCACAGACAGAGAAGAAAAGUAUAAUCAGGCCAAAGAGAAACUGCAACGAGCUGCAACUGCCCAGAAAAAGAGAAAAUCUCUUCAUGAAAACAAACUGAAGAGACUACAGGAAAAAGUAGAAGUCCUGGAGGCAAAGAAAGAAGAACUAGAAACAGAGAAUCAGGUGCUAAAUAGACAAAAUGUUCCAUUUGAAGAAUAUACAAGGCUUCAGAAAAGACUAAAGGACAUACAGAGAAGACACAAUGAAUUUCGAAGUCUAAUUUUAGUUCCUAACAUACCUCCGACAGCAUCUAUGAAUCCUGUGAGCUUUCAGUCAUCAGCCAUGGUCCCAGGCAUGGAACUGUGCUUCCCUCCUCAUGUGCAGGAGGAACAACAUCAAAGGGAACUCUCUCUCCUUCGCAAACGACUAGAAGAACUAGAAACAACACAAAGAAGACAGCUAGAGGAACUUGGAUCUCCUGGGGAGUGAUGUUCUCGCGAAGACGGACAGAUCAAAGCAGGCGAAAUCUCAGACUCAGUAAAAUGUGAAGUUUUACCGUUUGUGGCACCAAGCUGCUUCACUGUGAUUUGCCAAAGUCCUUGCGUGUGCCUCAAGAAGAAGGUACCAGCUACGACAAGCGAAGCACUGAAGGAAACAGUUCCACAGAUAUUUAGAAUAUGUAUUGAGGACCUUUUGAGAAUAUAAAAAGCAAAUUGAUACAAGGAACUAAUUAGAAAAUCAAGUUAUAAAAUUGACUUUACUUUGAAUUUUUUGGCAUUUUGCCUGAAAUAUGUCCGUUGAAAGUUCCUUUUUCCUUACCUUUGAGGUGCUUGACGGUAACAAAGUCAGUAAACACCUGUGGUUUACAGUAAGAGGUAUAAACCUGUAGUUUUGGGGGGAAAUACGACAAUUUAAAAGAUGGCAUAAAAGAACUUACAAACAUUCAUUGCAGAAGUCUACCUUUUCAAAAAGCUGUGUGCACAUAAUUUAUUAAAGAGCUUAAUAAAUAUUUUUCUAACUAA